GCAGGCGCGGGGUGCGCUAGAAACAAGCGAUCAAGGUGGCGUUCGAGCGGAGUGCUAACAGGUCACCAGCUCUGGACUCGAUGAGACCUGGAGAGGAGAAGCCCGUGGAGGGGGGCGCCUGCGGCGAUGCCUUUGAAUUGGAGCUGCUGAAGCUGCGCGCGGCGGAGCACAUCGACAAGGCGGCGGAGCGCCUAGGAGCCCUGAGCCACGCAAUUUGGAGCAAGCCCGAGCUGGCCUACGAGGAACACCAUGCCCACGGCGUGCUAACGCGCUUCUUCCAGUGCGAGCCGCCGGCCGCCUCCUGGAUGGUGCGGCCGCACUACCACCUGGCCACAGCCUUCCGCGCUGAGUGGGAGACGCCGGGGGUCCAGGCAGGACCGAGCCCGGUGCACCUGGGCUUUCUCUGCGAGUACGACGCGCUGCCGGGCAUCGGGCACGCCUGCGGCCACAACCUAAUCGCCGAAGUCGGGGUGGCAGCGGCGCUGGGCGUGAAGGGGGCUCUGGAGGGCCUCCCCGGGCCACCUCCACCGGUGAAGGUAAUUGUCCUGGGAACCCCUGCAGAAGAAGACGGUGGUGGCAAAAUUGAUUUAAUUGAAGCAGGGGCUUUUAAAAAUCUUGAUGUUGUUUUUAUGGCCCAUCCAUCCCAAGAGAAUGCUGCUUAUCUACCUGAUGUGGCUGAACAUGAUGUGACUGUGAAAUACCAUGGAAAAGCAACUCAUGCUGCUGCUUAUCCCUGGGAGGGAGUCAAUGCAUUAGAUGCUGCUGUUCUUGCAUACAACAACCUGUCUGUGUUAAGACAGCAGAUGAAACCAACCUGGAGAGUUCAUGGUAUAAUAAAAAAUGGUGGUGUAAAACCCAAUAUCAUUCCCUGUUAUUCUGAAUUAAUCUAUUACUUCCGUGCACCUUCAAUGAAAGAACUUCCAGUUUUGACCAAAAAGGCAGAAGAUUGCUUCAGAGCUGCAGCUUUGGCUACUGGGUGCAGAGUAGAAAUUAAAGGUGGAGCACAUGAUUAUUACAAUGUCCUUCCCAAUAAAAGCCUAAGGAAAGCUUAUAUUGAAAACGGGGAAAAGCUGGGAAUAAAAUUCAUUUCAGAAGAUGAUGCAGUUUUGAAUAGCUCUUCAGGAUCUACUGAUUUUGGAAAUGUUAGUUUUGUGGUUCCUGGGAUUCAUCCAUAUUUUUACAUUGGAUCUGAUGCCUUGAAUCAUACAGAACAAUAUACUGAAGCUGCAGGAUCACAAGAAGCUCAAUUCUAUACUUUGCGUACAGCCAAAGCUCUGGCAAUGACUGCGUUGGAUGUUAUUUUUAAGCCAGAGUUGCUAGAAAGAAUCAGAGAGGACUUUAAAUUGAAACUUCAAGAAGAGUUUUUAAAUAGAGUAGAAUAAAAGGAAGACUUAGGAGCCACUUAUGGAUCGUUAAGAAGUGGUGAUGAUUAUUUUUUCCUGUUAUCUUUUUUGAUGAAGGAGGAAGGCAUGCUUGAUUUUCAGUCUUAAAAAGAGUCAAAUUUCUCUUUCCUGAAAAGUGAGGACAUACUGUGCAAGCCCAAUAUUAAUUUUGAAGUACUGUAAGUUUUUUCUGAUUCUUAUUUUAGUGUGAAUUUCUUGAACAUGAUAAAAGAAUGUGAAAAAAAGUAUCUGGUAAAGCAAAUACUUUAAGUUGUGAAUAUAGUAAAGCCUCGGAAUACUUUAUUUUAAAAGGAGUCCUCAAAUUUGAAGGUAAAUAUUCCAAAAUGAAGGGGGAAGGAAA